CCCAAAUGAAAACCUCUCGUAAACCCUCUGAGCUGAACUCCCUCCGAUCGGCCAUGGAAGACGACGGCGAACUUGACGAAGGCCCGCCGCUGGCGAUCGAAAUACCCGGAGCGUCCGACCCGACCCGGCGACCCGUAGACGGCGGCUCCUCGGUCGGCGUCACCGUCAUCACCGGCUACCUCGGCGCCGGCAAAUCGACGCUGGUGAACCACGUCCUGAACUCCCAGCACGGGAAGAGGAUAGCCGUGAUACUGAACGAGUUCGGGGAAGAGAUCGGGGUGGAGAGGGCGAUGAUCAACGAAGGGGAAGGCGGGGAUCUCGUCGAAGAGUGGGUGGAGCUCGCGAAUGGCUGCGUCUGCUGCACCGUCAAGCACAGCCUGGUUCAGGCCCUCGAGCAACUUGUUCAGAGGAAAGAAAGGCUCGAUCAUAUAUUGCUGGAAACGACUGGCUUGGCAAACCCUGCUCCUCUUGCAUCUGUUCUUUGGUUGGAUGAGCAGCUUGAAUCUUCUGUGAAGCUCGACUCCAUUGUCACAGUUGUAGAUGCUAAAAACCUCCGAUUGCAGCUCAAUGAGCGGCGUGACUCUUCUUCAUUUCCAGAAGCAUUUCUUCAACUUGCAUUUGCGGAUGUGGUGAUUCUUAACAAGGUUGAUUUGGUUACCUCAGAGGCCACUGGUGCCUUGGAAGAAUUGGAGAAGGAAAUACAUGGCAUUAACUCUAUUGCCGAAAUCAUUCGCACUGUUAGAUGUCAAGUUGACUUGUCGACAAUUUUGGAUCGGCAAGCCUAUGAUGCUACACGCGUUGCUCACUUAGAAGCCUUGCUGCAAGAAAAUCAAUCUCUUUCUGGUAGAGAACUUCAUGACAAUGGAGUGCGCACUUUAUGCAUUUGUGAGCCUCGAAAAGUUGAUCUCAAUAAGGUUCGUUCAUGGCUUGAGGAGAUUCUUUGGGAUAAGAAAUAUGGCAUGGACAUAUACCGUUGUAAAGGGGUCCUGAGUGUCUCGAAUUCAAACAUGCUACAUACUUUGCAGGCUGUCAAGGAGAUAUAUGACAUUGUUCCAGCUCGCAAAUGGAAAGAUGAAGAGAAUCCGAUGAAUAAGAUAGUGUUUAUUGGUCAUAAUCUCAACGAGGACGUUCUCAUUGAUUCCCUCAGAGUUUGUGCAGAGGCAACAUCGUGAUCUGGCGGAUUAUCCACGCUAUUGGCUUCUCAUUCCUUGAAUUGAUGAGAAAUGUUAAUCAUAAGUUCACUUAGUUGUACAAAUAGCCGGUUCCAUGAGCACGGGUUCGUUUUUGUGCAAUUUCAUCAUCCGUAGAGUGAAAUACUAAUUUGACGUAUGUCUCAGCCACAUAACACAAAUUUUGAGAGAAAUUUUUAAAUAAUGACCUGAAAUUGGGUCAUUUUCUCAAUUAAGAGCUUGGAGUAGAUCUUAUUUGAA